UCUUUAACUGUGCACUAGAUGCAUUCUGAUUUCUGAGUUUGAGUGGUUGAAACCACAUAAUUACUCUUCUACUUUGUCUUUGGUGCACAGAUUUCUUAUGUUUCUUACUCUUUUUUAGCUUCUGCAGAUUUCCAGGCAGGUUAUCAUUUGUUACCAACAGGAGAGGACAAAAUUAGAAAGUUUUGGGAAUAUCAUCAUGCUUAGGCAAUCGCCUAGUAGAAACCAGAAAUCUAAAGGAAUUAAAGUCAACCAUGUUCUGCAAAUUUGUUUGUUGCUUGCUGUUUGCUUCUGGUUGACUUACCAAGUCAAACACUCACAUGAUAAAAAGAAAGAAUUUGAUGAAAAGGAUGCAAAGAUCUCAUUAAACACAAGAGGUGGCAGCGAAUUGUUAAGACUUGGAAGGAAAGAUCUCUACCCUCGGUUGGAGGAAACAGGAACAAAAAAUGAAGAGCAUGACGAAGAAGCAGACGAAGAGGCUGCAGGAGAUAAUGAAGAAAACAAGCACAAAGAAGAAGAGCACGAAGAUGACAAGAAGACUGAAGAGAAAGAGGGCAAAGGGAGAGGAGGUGGAGAUGAUGAGAUAGAUGAACUUGAUCAAGAGAAAUCUGGUGCAGAGAUUGAUCGUCAGAAGGAUUUCAUAGAUGAAGAGAAGGAGAGAGACGAGCGUGAUGGGAAAGGAACUGAAGAGAAAGAUACUGAAACUAAAAAUGGGCAAAUGGAGGAGGGUUCUUUGGAGAACCAUGAUCAUGAUGAAGGUGCCAGUAAUAUACAUGAAGCACGAGAAGAACAUUAUAAGGCAGAUGAUACUUCUAGUGCGGUGACCCAUGAUACACAAACUAUUAGCACUGAAAAUGAAAAUGGAAGCUCAGAAAACUCAAAUGAGCAUGCUGAAGUGAAUACUUUUGAAAGGGAAAAUAAAGUCAACAACACUGAGGAAGUCAAUGUUGGUCAAAACAAGACAGCCUUAAAUGUGGAAGAUGGUGAAAUUGCUGAAAAUGAGAUUCUUUUAAAUGGAACAGCUAAUGCAGAAAAGCGUUCUGGGAUUGUUUCAUUCAGACCUGAAUAUGGUACAUUUUUGAAUCCUGUUAGUGACCAGCCACGACUAAGCAAUGCCACGAAUGAAGCGAGUACAGAAACUCAUGCCUUGUCCUUGCAGAAUGGAACAGAGACUAUAUCAGAUUUUAGUCGAGUUCUGAAUGCCACGGUGGGGGGCACUACUUCUGGGGAAGGCUUCAACUUACAGACCAUUGCUCUGGAGCACGAGAACACCUACAGCACAACUACUGAUACUAAUCAAUUGGAUUUUAAUGCAAGAAUUUCCACUACACUUAAGGAUGCUGAAGCAACACCUGGGGGGUUCCCGAAUUCCUUCACUAAUCCAGAGGUUGUUGCAUCAGAAAAGUUCAUAACGUCUAAUACAUCUGUUGAAGCAGAGCAUAGCUCCAGGUCUUCAAUAACAGGUGAAAUUACUAAUGCAACUAUGAAUGAGAUGUCGGACACUAGUAAUGACAUGGAUAAAACAGAUGAAACCUCAGGCUUUUCCCAAACUGAGAAAGCAGAAGUUCAGCAUGGCGCCAUUGAUUUCUCUGAUUCUUCCAUACCGGAGGAGACACAGGUUCGCACAGACCUGGAGACACUGCCAGAGUUAACUACUGAAGGAAGUAACAUUGAAGAUGAUGCUGCAGAAUGAUAAAGCAGAUAAGGCAAAUUCUGGGUAUUUCAUCCUAUCAAUCUUCUCCUUGUUUUAUUUCUCACACGCCAGUUCUAUGGUGUGUUUUUGAUACCUUCAUCUGAAAUAUUGGUCAAUUGUCCAGAGUGUAUGGUUCUACCUUGCAGGCAAAAUGUAAGCAAGUUGAUAUUACUAAAAGUUAUCUGUAUAUUCUUGCUUUGUCAAUGUCGGUGUUUUAUUUUGUAUGGUAUUCUAUUUCAUUU